AUGGAAUGGGAAGCAACCGAGUGGGAAAAUAUCACCGAUCCGGACAAGGGAGAAGGGGAGCAGAUCGCACCAAGUGAGAUAGCCCAGGAGUACAUUCAGUGGCUGACUAGCGAGAGCGGAUUGCACCUGUUGAAGCCCAAAAAGAUUGAGCGAGCCUACACCAAGCAUGCUGAAAAGGGCUUAUUUGGUCUAUUUGUGAGCACCAGACUGAAGAAGGCGUGGCGUAUCUGGACAAACGCUGUCUUGGUGGCGAAAGGGGAAACCCCAAUUACCGCAGAGGAGCUGGAUGCGUUCAUUGGACUCGAGCUGGCUAUGAGCCUGGUACCCAUAACGGAUAUGAAGGAACUGUGGUCUGACAAGAAAUUUCAAGGCCAUCACGAUUUCAAAGCGACAAUGAGCUGA